AUGGGUUCGCAGACGCUAGAAAUAUUACGCCAGGGAAUUUGGGCAUCCUUGACAGGUGGCUGGUUUUAUGAUCCUCAUCAGAACUUGUUUUGUAACACGGUACACCUCUACAUAUGGCUGUUUCUCCUCUGCCUGCCCUUCUCUGUGUAUCUGUAUUUCCCGCCUGCGAGUGCCGGUUGGUUAGUCUACUGUUUGUUAGUAGCUAUUUUAUUUACUGUCCUCAAGUUGAUUAACCAUGGUCUGCACCACAUGUACGACACUAACGAGCUAAUUGUAGUUCCAACUACGGACGAAGCUGGAAACCCCACAGAAAACGCUGCUCUACUGCAAUCCCCCAGGCCUGAGGAGGGCGUCGAAAUGCAGACCCUAAGUGCAGCUGCAGUUGCACCCAGUGACAAUGAUUCUGUCACUUCCCUUGAAACUUACCAUAAGCCCAAUAAUAGCACUAUAGAUUUAAAAGUAGACGUCCACAGGAAGAAUAGCUCAGAAUCAAGCAUGGAAGAUAGCGCUAUGUCGGCUAAACAGUUUGAGCCCGUAGCGACAACCAAAUCUGAUCUCUGUGUAGCACAAACAACACCUGCAGAUACUGCUGGGACUUCUAAAACUCGUCCGAGUAAAAACCGAUCAAAAUCUGGCCAUAGGUCACACAGAACUAAAACUAGACGCGGCCACGGUCGAAUUGACGAGUUAAUAGUGGAAGAGUCGCGGCAUUCAAGAGCAGAAAAUAAUUUACCUGUAUAUAUAACGGAUGAAGGACCAUUUGCCAAAGUCAGCAGAAGAUACCAUGAGUGCCCUCAUCGCCGAGGUUCAAGCAACAGAGACUUUUUCAAAGAAUGGUUGUACUUAGACGGCGACGAAGCGGCCGUCGGCGAACCAUAUCAUUCCAAGUUUGCUAGACAAUUAAGUUCAGACUCCCGUGACAAUUCUGAGCCGAGCGUUGGUCCGCCAUCACCGAAGAAACGCCUCGCACAACGAAGACGGUAUACAAACUAUCCAGACGAAAGUUGUACUAAAUCUGCCAUGGCCCUAGCGACGGCACAGUCCUCGAAUAUGCGACGCAACUCAAAUUCCACCAUGUCGACGAUACAGUUGCCGCUCCUAAAUUCCACUGCUCAGUUAGUGUCCCACAUGCGAAGGCACUCAAAUAACGCCGAUACGGGAUUCUUUGCGAGCGUAGAAUUAGGCGAAUAUAUGAUGGUCAAAGCGGAGGCGCCAGUUGAAACUGAUAAGGGUAAGGGCAAAAGUCCCGGCGUGCGCAGGAUCAAAAGUGCCGCUUUGGAAAUUGGUUGCCCUCCUCCCAGUGUCUCUAAUUUAUCACCACACCCGAACAGCGCUGAAACAAUCGGCGGUCAAAUGCUCAAGAAUCCAAAGAGUGCAGUGAUUCCACCCCCUAGUAAAUGCUUAACACGCGGCCCGCACUUGAAUUUAUACCCCAAAAACGAGAACGGAGAAGGUUGCAGCUACCCCUAUUUAACAUAUGGCUCUGAAAUAGUUUACCCUAUAGCUGAAAUUUCUGAUGAAAUGCAGACUUCGCAGAAGGAAACUGAUUUGGAUUCUAGUGGUGAAAGUUAUAGCGAUUACGAAGAUGAAAAGCAGUUCAGAGGCUUCGAUUGGGAUGCGGAACAGUCAUCUGCCAUGCGUUCCAGUGAUUCUGACUAUGAAAAUAACGGCUCAAGAUCUCCUUUACUAGAUAGGCCAAAUGACGUGCGCGUGGAUCGUCAAGCGAAUCCUUGCGACUGUAAAUACAAUUCGAACGGUGAUUAUUUUGAUAAAGCUAGUGCUAGUUCCAAGGAUUUACUUAUAGAAAAAUCUAGUUUAGAAUCCAACGAUACCGGUGAUCAGUCGGAGAAAACAGGGGAAGAGAAGAACCCCGUAGAGAAAAAAGUCUGGGACCACGAUAUUUCUAACUCUAGCAGUAGUAGUGAUGAACGAAGACCUAAAAGUGAUUUGGACAAAAAUCCACCGGAAACUGAAGAAUCGCAAUUGACUUGCGACAGUAAGAGCGCAGAUGAAAGAAGUGUCUAUAGCUUAGACUGGUUGUUUGAAGAAACAGAUAGUAAACAUAUUUGCUGCAAAGAUGGCGUGCACCCUGAAGAGGUGUGUUUAAAACUAGCGGCGCUUGGGGAAUCUUCAUCGAACGUACCAAAAAACUUAGGUGCGAUACCAAAGCAGAUAAAAAACUUAGCGCGUUCACGAGCUUCCUCGCAAAAAGAGAACAAGAAGAGAGAUUCUAGGAAAGAGAAAGAUGAAAAUGAAACCGAAGAUAGAAUUCUCAUGGAUGCCGUCGAAGCUCAGGCUGCUUUGGUACAAGGAUUAGAGUGUCUUUUUGCCGCGACCAACGCCAAUACUGUUGUGAUGCCCCCGCCAAAUAGAGAAGACAGAUCAAGAAGUCAUCGACAAAGCAUUAGAGGCGAGAGGGAAGGUUCUCACAAAACAAGAAAGAGAUCCAUAGAAGAAGUCGCUCAAACAUCUACAAACACGUUGCUGCCGACAUCCAUGCCCUUACUAGCGGCGUUCCUUAACUCUAGAGUAGAUUUUAUGCCAUGCUGUGUACCUGACAAUAACGCCCCUCCGGCCGAAGCCCCGCCUACUGAAGAAGGGCCGAGGUUGAGGCCACUAAUGGACAGAAAUCAUAGAAAUCGUGUAAGAAAAUUAAAACGCUCCACGCGCCAACGCAAUAACCCAUCUUCACAAAAUUCCGAAAAGAAAGACAAACCUUCAAACAAUGAGCAACCUAACUCAGGGAACGUUCACUUUGCAACUUCAUUCGACGAUACGACAGAUGGCGCCAUACAUUGUUUCAUGGAUGAAUAUGGUAACUGGAUGUCGUAUACAUUCGAUAAAAACGGAUGCGGUCGUACACAGGCUCUCCCUAUACCGUUACCAGAAAAAGAAGAUACGCCAAAGAUUAAAGAGAUUCCUACCACAGAACCAGAUAACCAAGAAACCGCUGGAGGAGGUAGCUGCGGUUCUUUAGAAUCUGAAGCCGGUACUAGCGAAAAUACGAACAAACCGAAGCGCGGUGACAGCGUUGAUCACAGUUCUUCCAACCAAGGCAGUAAUAAUCCAUUAUUAUCGAGUAAUAAUAAUGUGUCAACUAUAGUACCGAUAAAUACGAAUAGUUCGAAUAAACGUUUUUAUGUUUUCGACGGUGGGACUGAGCAAGCAAGGUCACCAGUCGCUUACGUUACAGAUAGCUUACUCGAAGAAAUUGAGGCAGAGCGACAAUCUAGAAUGGGGCUUCCAAGCAUGCAUAUCAACUUUCUGAUGAGUCAGCAGCGAGCGCAGCAACAAGCGGCGCAAGCGGCACAGGCAGCACAAGUGGAAAACUUAGCGAUCAGCAUACCCGGCUUAAUCCAAUCGAUCACGGAGGAAAUGAACGAACAGUAUAACGUCAGCAAACUUUGCAAAAUGAUAGACGAAAUGAAAAAGACUAAUAAACCAAAAACGAAGAGCUACUAUAAGUUUAAACUGUCCAAAUGCUUUGAAGUGAAAGUCACUAUGGACAGGCUGAAGCUGAUGGCGUUAUUCGACAGGAACUUAACGUUCCGAGAGACAUUUGUUUCUAUAAUGUUGGCCAUCGCGGUCGCAGUUUUGGGCUCUAUGGUUUUGAACCUGGGUUUCUAUAGAGACAUCUACGCAUUCUGGUUCUGUUUUAUAAUAGCCGGAAGUCAGUAUUCUUUAUUGAAAAGUGUCCAGCCGGAUUCGGCGUCACCCGUUCACGGGUUCAACAAAAUGGUUGUGUUCUCUCGCCCCGUUUACUUCUGUCUGUGCACGGCUAUCCUAUGCGCCGUGAGUAGUCAAUUGGUCGACGACGAACAUUCCAGAAGUAGGCGGAGUACGGACGGAACGCAACCACUAUCGAUAUACGGUAUAGAAUUAAACGAACGAGACUGCCUUUACGUUAUCCAAGAGAUCUUAUCGAAGUUCCUAUUAUUUUUUCCGCUAGCUUUUAGUUUGGGUUUAUUUCCCCAAGUGAAUACGUUUAUGAUGUACUUACUGGAACAGAUCGAUAUGCACGUGUUCGGAGGUAACGCAACUAGCAGUUUGAGCGCUGCUGUUUAUUGCGUAUUGCGAUCGUUAGCAGCGAUUGGAACGCUAUAUGGGUUUGCGUACAGCGGGCUGAUCGAGGGGAAGAAGUCGCACCAUCAGAAGCAUAACAUCCUAAUAUCCAUAUUCUGCGGACUGCUCGUACCUAUAGCUUAUCACUUGAGCAGAAGCGCAAGCGAUUACACACUUAUAUGGAAUUUGAUCAAGAAGCACCUUCUACCCCCCGAGUUGUAUAUAGUGCACAACCCUGAGUGUUCCCCGGAAAACGAUAAAACGGAACCCAAUACGCUGACUGAAGAAAAGAAAAACAAUUCAGAAAGCAAUAUUUCGAAGCAGAACUCAGUAGGUAGUUCCGCUUCAAAGAUCAACUUCAGUUCGGAGACGAAUAUUUCGAGACAGAAGAGGUCGCAGGCGUCUAGCGUGAGUUCUCUCAAAGACCCGAAGGGUGAUGCCACAAAUUCCACUACAUCACUCAAAGUGGACCCGCCGGAGGCUGACGAAAAAACUCGAGACUCGAACACGUUGAACUCGAACGUGAAUAAAUCGGAGCUGGACAAACCUGAGGAGGACAUGGAAGAUCCUCUGCCGAAGAAAUUGCAAGAGACGGUGAACGCGAGGUUGAAGAAUGAUGUCAUAGUUUGCACGUUUCUUGGACUCUUGGUGUUCGGGUUGCACUGUACUACUGUGUUUACCACUUUGAAGCCGCAGCUAAAUACGGUGCUCUGGAUAAUAGCGGGGAGUCUUGGCUGGAUUCUGCACUACUUAACGCCUCAAUUACGUAAGCAACAACCUUGGCUUUGCCUAGCCGGUCCUGUUCUUAAGCAACAUGAACACGCGCAGUUCGAAGUCACCGAGCCAGCAAGACUAAUGAUCUUUGAAAAGAUAUUCGUUUACUUAUGUUUUCUGGAGCGCAACGUGUUAUUUCCAGCUGUAGUCAUCGCAGCCACCACACAAGACGCACCGGCUAUCGCUGAAAAGUACGGAGACGCUCUUGGUGCGCUGAUUAUCAGCGUGUGCGCAUUGAAAUGUUUAAGAAAUGCGUAUUCGGACCCCGAGAGCCAGUACCUCAUUAUUGUGUUUGCUGUGCUAAUAUUUCAACUGGAUCUUGGCACCCAAAAGAUAUCGGAGACGUUUCUUGUGGACUAUUUCAUUAUGGCUAUUAUAUUUAAUAAAGUCUACGAGUUCCUUCUAAAGGUUCAAUUCGUCGUGACGUACAUAGCUCCCUGGCAGAUAACGUGGGGCAGCGCGUUUCAUGCGUUUGCGCAGCCAUUUUCCGUUCCACAUUCUGCUAUGCUGUUCUUGCAGGCAGCUCUUUCUGCUCUUCUAUCGUCACCUCUCACUCCCGCGCUAGGCAGUGCCAUAUUUAUGACGUCAUACGUUCGUCCUGUAAAAUUCUGGGAACGCGAUUAUAAUACUAAACGCGUUGACCAGAGUAAUACACGGUUGUCUUCGCAGCUGGAAAGAAAUCUUGGAGCUGACGAUAAUAAUUUAAACUCUAUAUUCUACGAGCACUUAACUCGGUCCUUGCAACACUACUUGUGCGGAGAUCUCAUGCUUGGAAGGUGGGGAAUCGUGCAACAAGGGGACUGUUUUGUACUUGCAUCUGACUAUCUAAACUGCUUGGUGCACAUUGUGGAAAUGGGGAACGGUCUGGUUUCAUUCCAACUGCGUGGUCUCGAGUUUCGUGGAACCUAUUGCCAACAGCGAGAGGUGGAGGCCAUAUCCGAGGGUCCUGAAGAGAACAGUGAGGGCGUUUGCGGAGGUCGUUGGAUAUGUGGAGGACGAGUUUUGUCUCCUGGGUCUUGGUGGACACUGAGAUGGCUCGCUUGGCAGCUGGCGACAUCUCGUUACGUAUUGGAGGGUUAUUCUGUGACGGACAACAGCGCUGUUUCCAUGUUACAAGUCUUUGACUUUAGGAAGGUUCUGCUCACUUACUAUGUAAAGAGUAUAAUUUUCUACACGAUACAAUCAAGCAAGCUGGAAGAGUGGCUCUCAUCUCCAGAACUAUCCGAGGCACUAAGACCAAUGGCUGAAAGGUCCUUCGUUGAUUUGGAUCCCAUUUUCAACGUCAAUCUUGACGAAGAUUAUGAUUUCAGAGCUUGCGGGAUAACCAGAAGCCGCUUCAUAGCUGUUUAUCAGGAGUGGAUAGCUCAUUGUGGAUCUCGACGUGGCGCCGCCUGGCGGAGGGACCCGGCACUGCUCACUCUAUGCUUCGCCUUAAGCUUACUGGGCAGACGGGCCUUGGCAGCUGCACAGCAUUUAUCAGCAUCAAGUGUCGAAUUCUUCCUCUACGGAUUGCAUUCACUUUUCAAAGGUGAUUUUAGGAUAACAUGCGCACGUGACGAAUGGGUGUUCUCAGAUGUGUCUCUUUUGCAUUCAGUAUUGGCUCCAGCUAUACGCAUGGCGUUGAAACUCCAUCAAGAUCACUUCAUGUUCCCUGAAGAGUAUUGGAGCAGUGCGGCGCUGUAUGCAGCGAUUGUGUCUCACUCUCAGCGGCUCGUCAUUUGCCAUGAAGCGGCGCCCGCUUGGCGGUACAAUGUGCUCAGAGGCGCCCCGCACCUGCUAGCACUUAGGCACGUCAUGGACGAAGGGAAUGACGACUACAAGAUAAUAAUGUUAAACAAGCGUCACCUCGGCUUUCGCGUGAUCAAGCUGAACCGGGAAUGUGUUCGCGGUCUUUGGGCGGGACAGCAGCAGGAGUUGGUGUACCUGAGAAAUCGAAAUCCUGAAAGAGGGUCUAUACAGAAUGCUAAACAGGCUCUCCGAAACAUAAUAAACUCCUCUUGCGACCAGCCCAUAGGUUACCCCAUCUACGUGUCGCCGUUGACCACGUCCUAUGCGGAUACGUCGGAGCAACUGUGUUCUCUAGUCGGUGGAGCGGUCACGGUUACAGCCAUCAAGAAUAAAGUCACAGCGUUAUGGCGACGUAUUCGAAGACGUUGUGGCGAGGGUUGCUCGAGCGGUGCAGCCUGUGAUGCGACUGCCGCGGAGCGGGGUGAAGCGUGCCGUGGCGGACAACAAAGGCCGCAGUUGCACGCCUCGCAAACAGCAGCAUCACGGGCCUCGCUUGCCUCGCAUCGAGGCGAUCUAGGUGGUACUCGUGGCAGUUUGUCAAGUGCGGGGAAGCCAACAUCUUCAACUCUCGCGUCUUUAGCCGGUUUAUUGAGGGAGCAUUCGCAUGAGAGAACGCAAGAGGAACCAGUGUAUUCAAAUAGUCAGGAUGUUGAACCGCGCCGACGCAGCGAAGAGCGUGGUGCAAGAAGAGAGAGACAUAUGCGCGCGCGCACUCAACCUGGUAAUCGAACGCACAUGCGGCGCGAGCGCGCCCUACCCGCGUCGUUUCGUCUGCUCGCUGUCUCAGAUAACGCAAGGCUCGCGUCCGACCAUCAUGACGAACAUAAUGAGGAUUCCCAAGGACCUACAGGAUGGGAAUGCGGCUGGCGAGAACAACCGCGUCGGGCAGCUAGUGCGAAGGUGUCGUCAAACGCUCCUGCUAGCGGUGAGUCGUCGUUGGAGGACGUGCGCGCGACUAGUAGUGGUCUAGAUGUCUCUCUGCCGGAUUGCAAAAUUAUCGCCAACAGGAACGCAAGGCAAGACCAACUCUUUAAAAGGUACUUCAUAAACGAAGGCACAUCGAAGGACCUCUCGAAAAUCAGCAAAGAGAUCCGCCACGAGCGGGAAAGCUAUCGCGAACUGACCGGACGUUACAUAGAGAAACCGGAAGCGAUACCGCUAAAGGAGACGCACUACGCCGAUAGUAAUUCCACACACAAGAAAGAAGUGAAAAAGGACUCCAAGAGCAAAGAGAUAAAGACGAAAAUUAAACGCUCGGAUUCAGGGAAGAGUGACGCUAAGAUGAAUAUAAGUGUGGGAAGUAAGGUACUGAUAUUGGAGCCGUUGGGGGUGUAUGACUGUAUUAAUUUAGGCAGAAGGAUCGAUGUCCUCUGGCCUUCAGAGUACCAAAGGGAGAGAGGAGGAAGGAACUUCUGGGGCAGCUGGGUGCCGCAGGCCGGGAUGGAUGGAUUGGUGGUUCACAAAUGGACGCCGAACCAUCGCGACCCGAAACUAAGAUCUCAUGUUGACAAGAGCAUACUACUCGUUCAGAUCGAAGAUAGAUUUGUUCCUAUCGCUGAAACCUGCGUUCAGGACUUGGGAGACGAAGUCUGA